AUGAAGAAGGAAAGAGAAAAACAAGAUGGAAGCGACAUGUAUACUUCUUCUGCUAUCCUCCGCCUCACCUGCUAUCCUCUUCUGCCUCAACUGCUAUCCUCUUCCGCCUCACCUUCUAUCCUCCGCCUCACCUGCUAUCCUCUUCUGCCUCACCUGCUAUCCUCUUCCGCCUCCCAUGCUAUCCUCUUCCGCCUCACUUGCUAUCCUCCGCCUCACCUGCUAUCUUCUUCCGCCUCACCAGCUAUCCUUCGUCUCAGCUGCUUUCCUCUUCUGCCUCACCUGCUAUCCUCUUCCGCCUCACCUGCUAUCCUCUUCCGCCGGAUAUAUGAGGCGCAACGGAUCGGUCAUUUCUUUCUUUCUUUCUUUCUUUCUUUCUUUCCUUCUUCCUUUCUUUCCGUUCUUUCUUUCUUGCCUAUUGCCCUCUUUCUAUCUUUUUCUUUCUUUCUUCUUGUUCUCUUUCUUUCUUUUUUAUUGUUGUCUUUCUUUCUUUCUUUCUUUCUUUCUUUCUUUCUUUCUUUCUUAUUGUUCUCUUUCUUUUUUCUUUCUUUCGCUAUUUAUUUCAUUUUUAUUGCCGUCUUUCUUUCUUAUUGUUCUCUUUCUUUCUUUCUUUCUUUCUUUCGUUUCCUCUCUGACGCCAAAAGUGUCCGCCAUUUUCUCAGCUAA